GACGUGUUUCCUGUGCUGUUGGGGUGGGUUCGCCUGUUCCAGUCUCUCUCUCUCUCUGUGUGUCUCAGUGUCUGUCUCCAGCCCGAUGUCCCCCUGACCUCCCUCCCCACCGGAUCGCUGGAGGUUUGUCUGUGACCGACCCAGAGGGAAGGGAAUUGGACGGUGGGGAGGGGGAAGAUGGAAUGGGAAGAUCCCACGCAGUGUUGAUGCUGCCGGACUGCCCCUGAGAUUGACGCCAGUCUUGUCCCUUCCACCGGGCGGGCAGGGAUGCACAGGAAGGGGCUUUGCAUUGCCAUAGCGCCGGCUCCCUCCGCUCUGAAUCCUCGGGAGCUACCCUCUGUGAACAAGGGCAGAGUGCACUGAAGAGGAGGAGGAGGAGGAGGGGGAAAAGGGAUCGGAAGGUAUUGUUUUAUUUUAAUUUCAAAUAAGAAAGGCCAGAGCAGGAGAGAGGAAUCACUGAGCACACCCCAUCCAUCCCCUUGUGCAAAUCCACUCGAAGGAAUAUUGAUGUAUUUUCUGCCUCUGGGAGGGGGCUUUGAACUGACGGAGGCACCAUGUCAUCGAGAUUAACUCUCCCGUCUCCAAAUGAACGCAGUUUGGAACAUCAUUCCUCACACAUGGAGAACCGCUCCGAGAGGGGGUCCACGUGGUCGAGCCGGUCCCUGGGGGCACGCUGCCGGAAUUCCAUCGCCUCCUGCACCGACGAACAGCCCCACAUCGGGAAUUACCGGCUCCUCCGCACCAUCGGCAAAGGCAACUUUGCCAAAGUGAAGCUGGCCAGGCACAUCCUGACCAGCCGAGAGGUGGCAAUAAAAAUCAUCGACAAAACCCAACUGAACCCAACCAGUCUGCAGAAGGUAGGAGGUGGUAUCAGUUCAUGA